AUCUCCGCCAUUUUGUGAGUUUAUGAGGAUCGCUGUGAUCAUUGUCGAAGGUAAAAAAUGGCUGAAAUCAAGCAGAAUCGGGAAUGUCCAGUAUGUGUGGAAACCUUCCGGAAACCAGUAACGUUACCUUGUCAGCACAGCUUCUGCAGGGAAUGCAUUGGUCUGUACGCUGACAAGUGUAAAUCCGGACAGACAGAUGAGGCCUAUAGCAGCACGGGGAGUGAGGACGUUCCUCAAGUGAUACCGUGCCCUGUUUGUCGGGCACCAACCAGUUUGGGGAAAGAAGGUGUGGUCGGUCUGCCUCUCAACGUUAAGCUGGCAGAAACUUUGGAGAGGUUUGCUGUUGAUGACAACAUUCCGUGCUGUCUUGUGUGUGAGGAUGACAACAAGGCGCGAGCAGACAUAUAUUGUACUAACUGCUGUGUACUGUACUGUGAGGACUGCCUGGAAUCUUGCCAUCCCAUGAAAGGUGGUUUAAAACGUCACCGCCUAAUUACAACACAGGAAUACAUGUCACGGGAAACUCCAGAGAGUCAGCUGCAAACAGAUAAACAGUCAGAUCCGGAUCUGGCAUGUGAAAGACACGGUGAACCACUGGUCAUAUACUGUGUCACAUGUGAAGAUGCGAUUUGUGUGGGAUGUCUGGCUGAACACCCUCUCCACACAACCAGAGAUAUUCAGUCUGCUUGUGAGGAAGAUAAGGCGCCGGUUAUGACGAAAUCCAGACACCUAGAAAAAAGCAUAAGGGAACUGAUGCAGAUUCUACCUAAAUUUAAGGGCUUGCACCAUGAUAUCCAGGUAAACCAAAAUUUACAUUUGGAUAGCAUCGAGAAGGCUUACUGUGCAGCUCUGGAUGUCUUGAAAGCUUGGAGGAGUAACGCUAUAGAGGCAGUGAAAAGUCGCCACACAGAAUGGAGCGUUCAGUGUGCUGCAGCUGUAAAGCAUCUUGAGAUGGAGGCGGAGGAAAUGAGAAUGGUGCAGCAGUCCUCUUAUGAUUUUUUCUCCGCAAGCAACGUGCAGAUUUUAAAGGGUUCAAAACAGCUGUCCAAAAGGAUUGAUGACCUGUUAGACAAGAUCAAAACUUCAAAGAAGAAGCAGGAAGAAAUAAAACAGACACUACAGGAAUCUGUAAACAGUUAUCCCGUUGGUCCCAGACGUGUGAUCGUAACUGAGGCAGAGUCAGAGCAGUGGCUAAUUAUCACAAAGCCCCAACUGAAAUUCACCCAGACCAAUGACGAACGACUGAGCAUCACCCACAGCGGAAGUGCGGCAGAGUGUGAGGAUUUGUUUGAGGGUUGGUGGUGUACCGCCGUGACAGAUGGUAGUUACCAGAAGGGCAGGUACUACUGGGAACUGGACAUCACAGUCACCCCAUGCUCACCCACAAUGGACUGUUUUUGUCGCGUGGGUGUUGUACACGAGAGCUGUGGUGUGUGGAGAGGUGACCCUGGUCGGGAGAGCUAUGACAUUUGGAUUAGGUACUUGCAUAAUGAAAUCAGUGCUUCUAGUCCCUGUGGUGGUGAGAUCAAACCCGCCUAUGAACAGGGCAGACCAUACACAGAAUCACAUCACCUCGGCUUGUACCUGGACUGUGUUGGUCGGUCACUGACAAUCGUAAACUGUGUUAACAACCAGCUAAUGUACACAGUCAGUGACAUCAAUCUGUCCCAACCAAUGGUUCCAUAUGUUGCAUUUGACUACGCAGCCUGUGCUUCUGCUCGCUUGGUGAAAGCUGACUCUACGUCUCUGCCUAAGUUGCUGUGUGAUAGGUGUUCGCUUCAUGAAAGAGCUGCUCUUGUUGAAGGACGUAAUGAAUCAACAGACCUGGCUCGGUAAGGCGUAGACCUGGUCAUUAAACCAAUAUUAAUCUGUAAGUUGAAGUUUGAGUGGAAUUCUACAAAGUCAUGGUGCAGGAGCGGAGGAAUUAUGUGAGGUUGUACAUGUGAGUCGAGCAUCAGUCUUUAAAGCAACCACUGGACAUGUCCAGAACAUCGGGUGGGAAACUACUGUAAAGCUGAAAGUUCUUUAAAAAUUGUAUCCUAUUGUUAUUUGAAAAAAUGUAGAAAUUAGGGAGGGCUCAUGAUGCUUCCGUUCCUGCACUAUGGCCAUGUAGAAUUACACUCAAACUUCAACUUACAGGUAAGUAUUGGUUUAACUUCCAAUUCUUCUAGGGGCCUCCGUGGCUCAGUCGGUUAGCGCGCUAGCGCAGCGUAAUGACCCAGGAGCUUCUCACCAAUGCGGUCGCUGUGAGUUCAAGUCCAGCUCAUGCUGGCUUCCUCUCCGGCCGGAAGUGGGAAGGUCUGCCAGCAACCUGCGGAUGGUCGUGGGUUUCCCACGGGCUCUGCCCGGUUUCCACCCACCAUAAUGCUGGCCGCCGUCGUAUAAGUGAAAUAUUCUUGAGUACGGCGUAAAACACCAAUCAAAAAAAAAAAUCCAAUUCUUCUACGUCAUGGUUACCUCACUACGAAACCAUUUAAUGUGACAUGUGCAGUAGAUGAUAGAGUAAAUACACUGGACAGCUUCCGUGAAAAUGAGUCAUGAACAUGUAGGCCCAUAGUACUUUAAGAGAACCAAACAUCCACCCUUCCAAGUACAGUAAUCUGACAACAUGAACAAA